AUGAAGUUUGUUGUAAUUCUAUCUGCUGUAUUAUUAUUUACCGCUAUUGCAUCGGCUUCCCAAGCCGUGAAGCUGUCUACAUGCCGUGCUGUCACGAUGAGUGGAGCUGGUGAUAGAGGUGCUUUCGAGGCUGGUAUCUUUGCUGGUUUGGUCCAGAUGCGUCAGGCACUAGAUGUCCAAUGGAAUGUCGUCACUGGUAUCAGUGCAGGUUCCAUCAAUGCCGCUGCCACUGCCAUGUUCAACGUUGGUGAUGAGGAGGCUGCUUCAAACUUCCUUACAACUCAAUGGGACACCAUCAAGAGAAAGGACAUGUAUGCAUCAGUCACAGGCUGGACCAUCAAUCAAUCACUCGCUCACUCAACCCAAUCCAAUCAAUCACUUCACUUAGAUUUGGUCGAGAACUUGAAUGCCAAGAUGUUGGCCGAGUCCAACAGAACAUUGUUGGUCGGUGCUACUAGCUAUGACACUGGUCUGUUUAACACUUGGGAGAAGGAUGAUGAUGAGAUCGUGUUGGGCGUUAAGGCCUCGGCUUCUAUUCCAGGUUUGUUCGAACCAACUGCUGUGCACGGCCAACUAUACAUGGACGGUGGUGCCACCUACAUGACGCCAGUGACCGACACUGCCCGUCUCUGUAACGAUACUGGCGCCGAGACCAUCCUCAUCGACGUGAUCUUGGGUGUCGGCAAGCCAGAGACCUUUGACAACGUGACCAACUGGAAGACCCCAUCGCUCAUGCUGAGAACCGCCUCAAUCGUCGAGCACAACAUCUUCCUCAAGGACAUCGAGACUGCCUUCCAAGCCUACCCAUCCAUCAAGAUCAACCUCUACUACCCAAGCCAACGUCUUCCAGGUGAUUUCCUCGGCUUCCAGUACUCCAAGGAGAUGAUUGCCAUGGGAAUCAAGGAUGCCAAUGCCGAGUCCAGUCUACAACUUGACAUCAGCAACUACAACGAGUUGCUCGCUACUCUCAGA